GGGGUUAAAGGUCAUCGAACGUAGACCCGUAAAGGUAUUUCGAGCACGACGUCGCGUCACUUUAACCGUGUCAAAUAGUUUGGCUUACUUUCCGCGGGGCUCCGGUUUCGCGAACGGUGUUUCCAGAUUAUUAAAUAAUAUCACAAACAGAAUAUCCGUUUUACCGUGUGUGCGCGCUUGAUGUGCGCAGCGAUUGUGAACGCUGACGCGUAAUGCUGUGCCUGGACAUGCGUUUGGUUCAGCGUUUACGUGGUGAGAGACCCAACGAGGACGCAGCGGUGCGCGAUCGUUCAAAAAGCGUCUGCGUGACAAGUUUCCGAAGCAAACCGCCGAGAGAUGUCAGCGCUUUCAAACUCUUCCAUAGGCGAGCGAGCAGCGCCAUUUCCACCGCAAGCGAUCUAAUAUCCAGAAGGGGUGUGUUCUCUAGAAGAUAUUAUGGAUCCGUCGAACAGUUGCAGCAACCCGAAGUGGACGGCCAGGAGCAUUGUAGACGGUUCAGAAUCGAAAAUGGCGAUUCGCCAGGCGAAAAAGACGAGAUGUUUGGGUCCCCGAGCACGCCGGUGCUCGAAAAUCCCGAAUACCAAACGAGAUGGUACUUUAAAUACUUUCUAGGCAAGCUGCACCAAAACUACGUUGGACUGGAUAACGAUAGGAAUCCAUUUUUUCUCAGUAUAGUGGUAAACGAAGAUAAUAGUACGUGUGUGCCGCUAUACAGAGCGAUAUUGUUUAAGAAAACGGGCGCGCAGAAAAUUUCGUUACCGCUACCGCAGCAGAAAGUGUUGACGGUUAAACAGAUUCUGUCCAAUUUCCCGAACAUGGACAAAAUCGAAAAAGGACCAAAGGAGAUUUUUUCUCCGGAUAUACAAAAAGACUUACUCCUAUUAGAGGAACAAGAGGGUUCUGUUAAUUUUAAAUUUGGUGUUAUAUACAUGAGGCAAGGUCAGACCAGUGACGAUGAAAUUCUGAGCAACGAAAACGGUAGCAGUAGAUUCGACCAAUUCCUUUCGCUAUUAGGAGAUAAAAUUCGGUUAAAAGGCUGGGAUAAAUAUAGAGGAGGAUUAGAUAUCAAAGGUGACAUGACGGGUAAAUACUCCGUGUAUACAAUCUACGAAGGACACGAAAUUAUGUUCCAUGUGUCCACGCUGUUGCCGUACUCGCGGGACAACCGGCAACAGGUAGAACGGAAGCGUCACAUAGGCAACGAUAUAGUCAACAUAGUUUUCAUUGAUGGCGACGAUCCAGACCUUAACGAGAUCUCACACGCCCAGUUCAAUCCCACAUGCAUAAAGUCGCAAUUUACUCACGUCUUCGCUGUGAUAAGCACGACGACUCAAGGCUAUUAUCGUUUGUCGGUAUUUUCGGACGAGGCGGUACCUUUAUUCGGUCCCAGCUUGCCUUGUCCGCCCAUAUUCACCGACCCUUAUCUAUUCCGCGAAUUUCUGUUGGUCAAACUUAUCAACGGCGAAAAAGCGACCUUCGAAACGCCGACGUUCGCGAGAAAACGACAAAGGACCCUCGAUAUGCUAAUCAAAGAUCUGUAUUCCGAGCACAUGACCGACGCGAGGAUGACAAUGCUCAAUCGUAGGGCGUUCUCGGAUGUUCUGGCGGAUACGCCUAGACAUUCGCGGUUAAAAGAGGACUCGAGGCAAAUUGAAUUCGUCAGAAUAGGACAAGCGUUAAAACUGGAAGCUAUAGUUAGGGGUGACGCACCUACGAGUUUAGCGAGUACCGGGGCAGCGGGGACCGUCUUCAAAAGGUCACCGUGGGAGGCAAACUGCUUCUACCCAGUCUUCCCCUCAUUCCCCAUAGUAGCUGCCGAUUCGUGGGGAGAAAAUCGUUUGGCCAUCGCGACCGAGGAAGGCACUUUUGUCGUCGAAGACGGGAAUUCUCACAGACCCAUUUUCGACAAGAGCCUUCAAAUUCGCCAACUAAACGUAGUAGAACCGCACGGCAUUCUUCUUCUACGAGCCGGCAGUUCUAGCAAAGAAUGCAAAAUAUACGUCUUCAGAUUAUCUCAGAUUGAAGCCAUUACUGAUCCGAAGACUCGACUGGAAGUCAAAGAGCACAGAAUGGAACGUACGAGAGGAGUACAUUUGUACGGUUUGUCUAGAUCAGGAGGUGCCAGAUUAAGGAUGUGCGUUGCGAUUGGUAAAAAACUGCUAAUGUUUCAGUGGAAACAUUCCGCGGCUUGGACCGCCUGGUGUCCCGCUAGUGACACGGAUACCGUGGACGGAUUUACAUUUUUCUGGGAAUUAAAUUUGAACGAGACUCCCAAUUUAGUGACAAUUCUUGACACGGGCUGGAGCCCUAUGUCACCUUCGCAGGGGGAUAUUUUAGUGUGCGUGGGCUAUAAGAACCAUUGGGAUGUCGUGAACGGAAGGACGGGCCAGGCGCAACACCUGCACACGGUAGAAGGCAACAAAGCUCAUCUGGUUACCGCGUUGGACUUGUACGAAGAUCAGGAAAUUCAGUUGAUGCUCUGCUAUAAUCAUACGUGCCACUUUCAAAAACUAAGCGAAAGUAACAACGCGAACGCUCAAAAUUCGAGUUUUGACUUCCAUUGGAAUUCCGUACCUACAGACAUUGUGUGCGCAUUCCCGUACGUAAUUGCUUUCACACCAAACACCAUGGAGAUCCGAUUAAUAGUCAAUGGGAACCUGAUUCACACUAUGACGAUGCCCAAGCUGCAACUGGUCGCGUCGAAAAAUGAUAUAUUUUUCGCUACGACUGCUCCAGAAUUUUUCUCAAACAGAACAGACAGGCUUUACGUGGACAACAGGCAGCAGGAGUUGCAGAAAAUUUCUCCGCCAUCCAGUCCAAACGCUUCUCCGGAAGUCAAACCACUACGCAUCUACCGUAUACCAAUCCAUGCGCUGAGCAGAAAUGCGCAUUCUGACUGUACGGUCUCCACAACUCAGUCGCCUCAAGUCUGGAAGUCAGCCGAUGCCAAACUCGCGGUGCCAGAACAGCCACGGGUGUCGAGAAGCGCGACCAGCUCUCCGAUUCCUCCGAUGAAAGCGAAACUGCAACCUAGUCUUAAAUGAUAAUAUUCCCAGUAUUUAACAUAAUAAUUGAAACACUUAUACUUCUUAAAAGUCUGCAAAUAUAAUCGCCGUACCACUUAAUAUAACUUACCUAAAAUAUUAAAGUAGAUGAAAGAAUAUGACUGCUAUUCUUUCAAUUAAGUCGUUUGGACAAAUCUGAUUUUUUUUAAAAAAAGUCUAAUGUAUACCGACCGAUACAAAAAGGUGGGUCUACUCAAUAAAGUUGUAAACGGUUGGAGAACCGAAUGUUUGAUGGCUCAACAUGUGUAAUUUUUUUACCGUACCUGUACUUUUCUCAUUUGUUAACGGCCGUUGGCCGUUAAUGUUAGCUCUAUUUUCUAUCAGGUUCUAUAAUAUCGUUAGCAAAAAGUAUCGAUUUACGCCGUCUUUGCUUAAACCAAAAGUGUAAUCACUUUUUUGUAUGACUCGGUAUAGAGACGCAAUAACGUAUUAUUGGUGUGACUUUAAGCAUCUGUACUACCAAAAGUUUUUCAUGAUGGUUCAGUAGUACCUAACGAGUGUAUAUAUAAAAAGAAUGUAAACGUGCGAUCUGGAAGAAGUCUCUUUGUUUGAAUGAAAAUUGCAAAGUACGUCCUUUUCUUUUGAAAUUAAAAGUGGAACAAUGCGAAUUGAUUUUUUAAAUACUGUGUACCUACAACUUUUUUUUACCAAAAACCUAAGGUUGUGACUUAGUUUAAUAUAAGUUCUAAUUAUAAGAAUUGUAAAUAUCUAUGCUACUGAACCAAAAAAAUCUGUUCUCAAAGUAGUUUAGGACUUGUUGAUAAUAAGGGAGUAGCUUUAAUUUCAAAAUGUGACAUCUUUUUAAUUGUUUUCCUAAGGGCUACGCCCAAUAAAAUUAUAUAUAGGCUAAAAAGUUUUAUCUUUGUACAUACAAGAAUUUCGAAUCGUUUGUAUAAUAUAAGAGGUUUAUAAAUAACGCGUAUAUUAUGUUACAAAUAUAAGAUAUUUUACGAACUAACAUAUUAUACACUAUAGCUUAAAGAAUAUAUAACUUUUUCCCCUCGACUAAUCACAUUUUCUCUUAAAAUUAUCUGCCUUUAAAAUCAGGAAUAUUUCAAAUAUAUCAGG